ACUGGCCAGUAAAGAGGGUGUGUGUUUCGGAGAGUUAUCUUGACGCAAGAACAUUUUAAAGGAUAUAUCGUUAUAUUUUCUUGACUGUCACCGCAUGUGGAUACUGAGAAGGAUAUUCAAACCGUGGACCUUAGUAACUGGCCUUUUCAUCUACCUUUGAAGAGCAAGAAAUGAGGAUGGAUAACCGCAACAUACAUGGGCAACGAGCAGCUUUGCAGAAGGAUAUUUGACAAACUUAGGAUUAUUCUCCCAGUUUGAUCACAUCAUUAAGAUGGCUCUACCAAGGCAGCCCCAGAAAAUGCGCUUCUCAUUCAAAUUGAACUCGUUAUGGACGAUAUGGUUCUGUGCGUUAAUCGUCAGCAUUGAAGUCUACCUUAUCAUUCAGACAAUCAACAAUUACUUGAAGUAUAACAACAUGAUAUGGCCGGAAGGAACAAAACCAGACUCUGAAUUAAAUGUGACAAUCGUCUUCGCCGUUUUUUCUCUGCUGUGCCUCCCAUUCUUCGUAAUGGCGUGUGUGUUCAAAGUUGGUAACUUCGCCAACGAUGGCGCUCUGUUGGGGAAGGAUCCCAUCAAGGAGAUAUUCAGGAAGAAGCAAGUUCGUGGUCGGGCUUGGAAAGUUUGGCGGAACUUUUGUCCGAUUGCACAAACAGUGCAUGUUGUCUCAGCAUUCUUGCUCUUGCUGCCCAAGCCGCUGUUAGAGGGACGUAUUAUAAAGAGUGGAGUAUUAACCAAAGGCGCCAUCUGGUGGACUGACCUAACUAUGAUGUUCCCGAAUGAUCGUAUCAUCCUAACAAACACCACAACCAUCCAUCCAGCUGGCACCGGCGCAAGCGAAGGAUACGUCUCUCUCCAGUUCAUCAAUUACGCUACCGCAUUAUUUAUGCUAAUGAUCCGCUACCCAUCCGUCUACUGGUACACAAGCCGCCCGUUUAGCUGCAUCUUUUCGUUUCAACUCUUCAUGCUACUGUUGCAAAGCCUCAUCGCAUUCUGUGGAUUCAGCGUAGUCUUCAAAGCCCAAGUGAAUCGAGACUUGCUGCCAGAAGUUGUAUUUACCCUAAACGAGGGUGGUACUGUUGUGUUAUUCUUGAUCGCCAGUCUUUUGACCUUCGUGCAGAACUUGGCCGUGUUUGAAUACGGCUAUCACCACUACGUCAAAAAUCGGAAAGUAUUUCGCCACAGGUUACACCCAUCGUUUCAGAAACCUACCAAGAAGAGCCAAACCUGCCAAGGGUAUAUUCCACACAUUUGCGCCAUGGGUUUGAUGCUUGGCUCGGUCAUUUUCAAAGCGGCAAUCGUCUAUGAUGGCGGCAUGAUCUACCGUUGGUACAACGACAGGCUACUACUGUGGUACAUCAUUCUAGAAGUAUGUUAUCUCUUCUUCUGGAUCAUAUUGUGGUUUGCACUUACGGUCAAACAGGAAUGGGACUUUAAGUUUAAGUUUCCGUAUUGGCAUGAAAAGACGAACGUUUUCACAAUCCAAAAUGGUGGGUUUCGAGAUUCAUCAAAUUUAGAUCUGACAGCAAAUGAAGAAACUCAGCCACAGAGGUAUGAGACUUUCGUUGAUGGAAAUGAGACUUCGAACCCAACCACAUCCGUGACUACUGCUGACGUCAUUGUACCUUCUGCUCCAGUCCUCGCACCUGACGUUUGUGCCAUUAAAACUAUUGACCAAAAAAACAUGGUAAAGAGCAACUAUGAGAGGGACUCGACAAAGACUGCUACUAUUGGUAGUAACCAUUUAAAAGGUCCUGCACCUGUAAAAAUGCCUGAGAUACCUCUCCGUUCCACCAGUCGGUCAACGACUCCAAUUUUAAGGGAUCAUCCUGAGCUGAGCAAAAUUUCAAAGAAUCGCUCAGGUACACCAGUUAAUAACUACCUGGGGCAACGUAGGGGUACACCUUAUAAUUCUCUUCCUGGAACACCCGCUAACUCUGUACCAACGACCCCAGUGAGUUCUCGUCCAACGACCCCAGUUAAUUCCCGGCCAACGACUCCAAAACCAAAGUCCCGCGACCACCCGCUUAAUCGCAGCGACCGUAAGAAGCGUAAUCGUGUCACGUUUGAGGAUUGUGUUCGGAAUGGGAAUUAUUCCGACGACACUGAUGAGGAGCCAGCAUGCGAUGAGGAAGACCUCGGACCAGAUUCGUCAAACUGCUCAACGAGUAGCCAAGAAGGAAAACCAGAUCCACAACCGGUCGGAAUUCUGAAAAAGCCAAAUAGGCCUCAAUCUCCGAACCCCGCCGACAUUGCCAGUGCCUUAGAAGGCAUAAAAAACGCAGCAAAACAACUUAAACCUGGACAUGGAGUGCCAGAGGGCGCUCUGCAGCCACAAAUACGAUCAAAAUUAAAUCGAAGUAACUCUCGUUCUUCAGAUGUUUCACUUUGCUCAGAUAUUGCUUCUCAAAAACUGGGGUCACGAAACUCAGACAAUUAUGCUGAUGGGUCGUUACCAAGGCAUUUCCGUUCAGCAACAACCCCAGGAAGUGACUAUGCAGAUUAUUAUAGUUUGCAAGACUUUCCUAUAGGCGGCAUUGGUAGCAAUAGUCGUGGUAAUCCGAACUAUUCUUCAAGCGGAAAGAAUUAUAAUAGUAAAUCUCGUGCUCCUGAAGUGGCUAGGCCGCGGACUCCUAUAGAGGGUGUGAAACCCCGUGUUAUUCUACCGAAUCGCCCUCAUAGCUCAAUGGGGAAUUAUGACCCAAACCAACCCGACAGCGGGGUGGAAUUAUCAGACUCUAGCACAGUGACGACGCCAUACGGCAUAAAUAGUCCAAGAGGAGGUCCUUUGGUAUUCUUGAACAAUACAGACUAUUUCACCCCUGGUGGUCCAGGCAGCAAUAAGCGAGACUCUGCAAACUAUUCAAUGACAUCAUCGUCAUCACCGGAAUCAACAGGAAGUGACGAAAAAAACAAUCCAAAUAAUCCACGACUUUGUAGUCAGGUGUAGCAGAAAUGUGAUGUGUAUAUGCUGCUUAGUUUGUGCGUCAGAUCUACUUAACUUAAAGGAGGAAUAUACUGGUACAAAAUGUUUGAUUGUGGCCAUUGAUUACAGACCAUCAGUACUUCUCGGACUCCUCCUUUAAAGAAUUUCUUAAAGGAAAUGUUUGUUAACACUGCUGUUUUGUUUUGUCUCUUUCAUGGUAUCUCUUGGAUGUCUCUUAGAUACUUCAUCAGAUGGCAGUACCAUUUCUGUUCUUAUGUUUCCCUUGUAAGACGGCUCCUGCCAUCUCGAAAGUCCCUGCGGCCCCUGGUCAAGUUUAAAGUAUCCAUAAUGACUGCAGUUGUUGAUCCUGCCUUCUUCAAUAGGAUGUUUCAGAUUGAACUUUAUUCUGUGUAUUUUCACUGCCACUGAAUUUCUUAAUGCAUUUAAAUUCUUAACAUGAAGAUGUUGCAACUAGUUACAGCUAUCUCUUGUGUACAGAGACUAGCACUAUGUGCUCUUGUAUAUUUUUAUAAUAACAUACAUCUGUGAUGCUAGUCUCAUUAUAACGAUUUGGCUGAUGGUUCUUUUUAAUGGUUUGACAUACACAAGUCUAUCGAAGUAUACUGUAAACUCAGCUGGGAGUUGUUCCAACUAGCUUGGUUACAGCAUCAGAAGGCUGCGAUUGCCCCUAACUGAUUUUACAGUAUGUUUUAUGCAAGUUUUUUGUUUCUUUCACGUUUUCGUUUUGUUAAUUCGGGUGUUUGAAUAUCCUAUACAAUGAUAUGUUGAUUUAGUGUAAAAAUGAGAGAAAAGAUUAAAGCUAAAGGUGAUGUUCAGCAUCGCAUUACUCCCUCCAACAGCAUGCUGGAUGUGCACAAUAAUGGGACGACUUUUUUUUCAUAACGCCCAAUCUCUGUUAUCUCAGUGAUUUAGCCUGCAUGUGUAAUUGUCCCUUUAAACAUUUUGAUAUUUAGUGCUGACAUCUGGUGUAAAAGGAAUGCUCUACAUAUUGCGUCCUUGCACUGUGUUUGCCUUCGCAAGUGUUUGAAAAGAAAAUAAUGAUGCAAAGCAUGCUGUAUAAUAAAAUGUGAUUAAUUUGAUGUACUUAAUGAAAGGUAAAUAAGACUUUGUAUAUUUAGUAUAAAUUACUACCUUGUAUAAAAAGUACAAGAAUGUAUCUUGUUUGGUCCUAAAGGCCUGCUCCUUUUGUUUAAAAACCUAUGGGAUCACACUCUGCUGUAUUCAAAUGUUGUUAAUUAUCGUCAGAUGGGGUUAAAACUGGUUGGAGUUGAUUGUGCAUAUAAUUAGUCCUCAUUAG